UGUUUCUGCUGUGUUGAGGGUGGCAGCUGAGAUUCUGUCUCUGUCUUUGGUGCCUGCCCUAGGCUGUCCAUGUAAAGCAGACUGCCACCCUCCCGAGAGGUCUAACCCCAGACAUGCUCCCCGAAGCCAGUUCCCUGUGGCUCCUUCGGCUGCUCCGGGACGUCCAGCUGGCCCAGUUCUACCGGCCCAUCCUUGAGGAACUCAACGUCACUCGGCCAGAACAUUUUGACUUUGUAAGGCCUGAGGACCUGGACAACCUUGGCAUGGGCAGGCCUGCCCAACGAAGACUUACUGAAGCCCUGAAGAGGUACCGUUCGGGGGUCAAGUCUAAGAACUGGGUGUACAAGAUACUUGGGGGUUUUGCUCCUGAACAGAAGGAGAUCCCUCCACACUCAGACAGUCUUCCACACCUCCAUGAGCCAGAGGGGGGACUCAAGUGUCUGAUUCCAGAGGGUGCUGUGUGCAGAGGGGAACUGCUGGGUUCAGGCUGCUUUGGUGUUGUACAUCAAGGGCUAUGGACACUACCCGGUGGUCAAAGUAUCCCAGUGGCUGUCAAGUCCCUCCGUGUGGGUCCCGAGGGUCCGAUGGGCACAGAACUGGGAGACUUCCUGCGGGAAGUGUCUGUCAUGAUGAAACUGGAGCACCCACAUGUGCUGCGCCUGCAUGGCCUCGUACUGGGCCAGCCUCUACAGAUGGUGAUGGAACUUGCGCCACUGGGUUCCCUGCAUGCGCGCCUGACUGCCCCAGCACCGACGCCCCCACUGCCUGUAGCCCUACUGUGCCUUUUUCUGCGUCAGUUGGCAGGAGCCAUGGCGUACUUGGGGUCCUGUGGGUUAGUGCACAGGGAUCUUGCUACCCGUAACCUCCUGCUAGCCUCACCUCGGAAGAUCAAGGUGGCUGAUUUUGGACUGGUGCGGCCACUGGGCGGCGCCCGAGGUCGCUACGUCAUGGGUGGGCCCCGUCCCAUCCCCUAUGCCUGGUGCGCUCCUGAGAGCCUACGCCAGGGAGCCUUCUCGGCUGCCUCUGACGUGUGGAUGUUUGGCGUGACACUCUGGGAAAUGUUUUCUGGAGGCGAGGAACCCUGGGCAGGUGUUCCACCAUAUCUCAUCCUACAGCGGCUGGAGAAGGACCGAGCCAGGCUGCCAAAGCCUGCCCUCUGUUCCAGGGCCCUCUACUCCCUUGCCUUGCGUUGCUGGGCCCCUCAUCCUGCAGACCGGCCUACCUUUUCCAACCUGGAAGGACUGCUUCAAGAGGCUUGGCUCUCUGAGGGGCGCUGUGUGAGGGAGGUCACAGAGCCAGGUGCUUUGCGGAUGGAGCCCGGUGACCCCAUCACUAUCAUUGAGGGCAGCCCAGACACCACAACCUGGAAGGGACAGAAUGGUCGCACCCUCAAAGUGGGCAACUUUCCGGCUUCAGCAGUGACACUAGCAGACUUGGGGGGAUCCCCAGUCACCCAUCCAGCCCACAGAGGUUCCCCUGCCCGUGGAGAGAAAUACAGAGGGGGCACAGAUGGGGACAGGGAGAAGGCAAUGUUACAAGACCUACCCCCGGCACGGAACCAGAGAAGGAAGGUGCCCCUGCAGAGGAUGAAAGGCAUUUCCAAGAGUCUGGAGUCAGUUCUGUCCCUGGGCCCUAGGCCCUCAGGAGGUGGUUCAAGCCCUCCAGAACUUCGACGAGGAUGUACAAGAGCUUGGCCUCAAGGACUCGCAGACCUCCCUCUACGCCCACCAGACCUGCCUCCACGUCCACCCAUCAUCUGCUCCUCCUCUCAGCCCAUCCAGCCCCACAGAGUCCGGCCCAAAAGAGAACCCUUACAUAAUCACUGCACUGGAGCGCCUGGGUCCAGCAAAGUCACUAUCCCCCCUGGAGGUCCCUUAUCAGACUCAGAGUGGCAGAGGAAGAUUGUAGAGGUAGAGCUGAGUGUGCAUGGCGUCACCUACCAGGAGUGCCAAGCGGCACUCAGAACCACGGGGGGAGAUGUGGCUUCUGCUAUCCGGAACCUCAAGGUAGACCAGCUCUUCCACCUCAGUAACCGGUCCAGAGCAGAUUGUCGUCGCAUCCUGGAGCAUCACCACUGGGACCUGUCAGCAGCCAGUCGCUACGUCCUGGCCCGGUCCUGAACUCUGCAUCCUUGGGGAUGGA